UCGUUUCUCUCAAAUAGUUGUUUAGACUACCUGCGUACUAUUCUCUUUGUGCCUCAUGAACUGUGUAUGCAAAUUGUUUUAAAGUGUUUGAUAUGAACUAGUGAAAUCAGAAUCAACAGUUGAAGUGAUUUCGUAGUACGCGACGGUUUCGGCCAUCGCAAUUAGCAAUGGCAUCAUGGUGAGAUGGUUCAACAUUUGCCGCAGUUGAUGACCUUCGGUCACCCCAAUCGUCAACAGAGCGGGAGGCUGCUCCCCUCGAGAUGGACACCAUUCCUUAGGGUCAAGAUUGUUCCUCUGGUAACAACAGCUACAGCGAUUAAAUCAGAUAUUGCCCUUAAAGCAGAAAAGUUCGAUAUGAUAAGGAUGAACACCAUGGACAAACGUGUAUAG